GAGAUGGGGACCAGAUUAAUAAGAACUUUGAUCUGAAUACAUGACGUUUUCAAUCACGUGGUAACACAUAACAUGGCUGGUGGCAAUACGUAUGUUUCUCAAGUAAACAAUUGUUGCAACUAACGCCUUUGGCUGCUACUUGCGAAGCUGUGUUUGCAGACACAAUGAAGGAACCAUCAGAAAUAAUUCCCGAGGAGACGGACGAAGACCUACAAGGUAAGUAGCGACCAAAACGAGGCGUGUGUCCAGGGGUACUCUAGGAAGUCUGUGAAAGAAUGGGUGUAUGCCAAAAAUCAUGAGUCAUUGGCGACCAUGAGGUUUCUGACACAAAGCAUCAUCGCUAAAUUUAUAAAUUUUACUCUUAAUUAGUAGUACUAUUGCUUUUGAAUAAUUUGCAAAUAAAAUUGCAUUGUAUAUCGGAUGCUAUUUUGGAACGUUGAUUGAUGACUGCAGACUUGGCUUAAGUCGUGUUGUGUAUUGAAUUGUUCGUAGGUAUUGCGUAAGCAUAUGCAAGGAGGAAAAUAGGACAUCCUCAGUCAUUUGUUAAUUAGGAUUCUGACUAAGCAGAUGUGCUAAGGUUACAGAAAAUGUGACCUAGAUGCACCAUAUAAUGAUUUAUUGAUUAUUCAAAGAACCUAAACCCACUUCUAUAAAGGAUCUUUGGGAUUGUCAAUUUUAUUUCUAUAUGAUCAAAUAUUCGAAAAAUAUCAAUGGCCUGGACAUGCCUUAUGAUCUCGAUUGAAAGCUCUCUACAAACACUUCGAAGUUUGCACACUUAUAGAAUUUGCUAAAAAUAUGGAGAGGAAGAGACAUGUUAUUUAUUAUGCAGAAAUCACUAACUUACUAGCAAUCUAACCUUGGAAUUUAGAGGUACACAGUGAAUUAGGGUCAUGUACAUUAGCUUGAAACUUUGUAUAUACUGUAUUUUAUAAUUGUUUGGAACAUUAUGAGUUUGCAAAGGAUUUGUUGUGUAGAUAAUUGGUAUUACUGCAGCUCUGCAAUAUGAAAUUUAAGAUAGUAAUUGAUUAAUACUUUAACUAUCAAUUUCAAAGUAGAACCAGUCAAAAUGCUUUCUAGACGUUCCGUCCCAUAACCAAUCCGUCCCUUAGUCGAUUCGUCCCAUUACCGAUCCGUCCCUAGACUAUCCGUCCCCUAGUUAUUACGUCCCCUAGUCGAUCCGGCCCAGAAAAAAAUAAUUGCUAUUUUUCCAAGUGCUAUUAGAGUACUGAAUUGGUUUGAUUCAUCUGCGUAUUUCAUCUUCAUGAUGUGUGUGCCGCUGAUGUCUUCUGUCAUCAGGUAGUCAUCCUUUAAUAUGCUCUAUGGUAUUUAUGGCUUGAUUGCAGACUAAUUAACCUUGAUCACUCGUAAUGUAUAUUAAUCUUCUUGAGACUAUCAUAACAAAUGUCUCUUCUUUUAAAAGCAAGAAAAACAUACUUUGCCAAAGCAUUUAACAGUUAAGGUGAUUUGUUCCUCCAUAUUGAAAUAAUUAGCUUUCAGUAUUUCCCAAACAGAAUAGAUGUUUUGAUAUUUGACAGCUUUUUCUAAGAUCAUUAUACACAUCACAAUAUUCGAUAAUUUAAAAGUGGGCUUCAUUUUCAAUACAAAGAAUAUCUUUUGUUUUUAGACAAAAUUUACUUACUCUGUCAUUUCUUGGAAUAUUUCUAUACCUGCUACAUUCUAUUUCCAAAUCAUGAGCAAUUCUUUGAACUUCUGAAGUUUAAAAAAAACAACUAAUAAUAGUGUAAGCUUGUAAUUAAUGAUCAAAGGUUGCACAACAAUGCAGUUAUAUUAACUGUUUUCACUAAGGUGUUUUCACAGUGAUCAGUGGACACAAAUUUACAUUGAUUGCUAUACAUAGUUGAAUAACGAUGUUUUUACAAUAAUUAAUGAGCACACAUUUUCAUAACCAUUCCACUUCAAACAAAAAUUAUAAAUCCUAGUUAAGGGUUGUUUAAACAAUUUUAUUUACACAUCUAACUUUGGCAGUUAUCUAAUUUUGAUAACUAUAACUGCAAUAUAUAUGCAAAAAAACUUCCUUUUUCUUAAGUAAUAAUCAUUUAUUAUAUCUUUGAUAAAAAAAAAUCUGAGGGGCCAGAUCGACUAAGCAAAAUGGGCCAAAUCGACCAUGGGACGGGCCGUCUAGGGACGGAUCGACUAGGGACGGACUGAUUGUGGGAUGGAACGACCUGCUACCAUCAAAAUUAAGGAAGGAAUCAAAAGAUCAUCUAAACUAAGUGCCACAAAGAAAGUGAAGCCCCCAAAUAAGAAGCAGUUUGACGAGGAGGUGGAGGCGAUUAGUUGUAGGAUCCGCUACCUAGAGAACGAACUGAAAAGACUGCAGUCAAGUCAGAAAGGGGAUGUUGCAAGCAAAAGGGCAGAGAAAAUAGAAAUCAUUAACACCUUAAAAAGGAUUGAUCCAGAAAUCCGAGCUCUCACUGCUGAUGUCACAAAGAGGAGAGCUUCAUUAGAUAGACUGCAGGCCAACUUGGUUUAUAAAAAUGAGAAAAAGAUUGAUGAUGCUGUGGGGAAACUGGAAUAUCAGUUGAAGAGGACAAAUUUUAAGCUCUCGGAGGAGAAAAAAAUUGUAGCAGAAAUAGACAAGCUCCAACGCUCUAAGAAAGUUCUGGUACAGUACAUGGUUCAGAAGAAAGAAAUGGAUGAUGUACGAGAAAGACAAAGGCAGUUAAGAGAGGAGCGAGAUAGUCUGCAGAAAGAUGUGAAUCGGAUCCGAGGGGAGGAGGACAGAAUGAGAAGAAGUAACCACGACAGGAGGAUUAAUCUGGACCAGGUCAAGAAAGAAUUGGAUGAACUGUAUGAGACAAAGAGGAGAAUGGUCCAGGAUUAUAAAACAUCAGAGAAGGAGUACCAGGAAGUUAAACAGGAGGAGAUUAAAGUCAAGAGACAGGAGAGCUUCGUCAAAAAACAGGAGAGAAGAAACACGAUGGAGUCAUUCCAGCAAGACUUGGAGGUUUAUGGAACAGCCCGAGUGCCAUUUGAAGAUGAGAUGAAUCUCUGCAACACCCUGAUUAAUUAUCUUAAGAAGUUCAACACCUCUUGUGAUGAGACAAAUGAGGAAACUGAGCCUGUGGCAAGGGCAUCGGGGUGGUCCCUUAUUAAAGGAAAUGGGGAUCCCUCAGCUGCCAUAUCGAAUGAAUUAGAGGAUGGAAAAUAUGUCCUUUUAAAGAAGGAUGAUGGUGAAGAAUUUCCAGAUCGUCGUCUGAAGCGAAGCAAAAGACCAAGCAAGAAAGGCAGACGUCAGUCGGUGUUGAAGUCGCUAACACAUACCCCACAAAUUUUCUCCCAGUUUGCCUCGCUGAAUCUGAAUGCGCCAUCAAAUAUAUCAGAAAUUCCAGCAUCUUUAGAGCAACUGCAUGCUAGAAAGAAGUAUUAUGAGGAUGGUGCUCAGAUCAAGCUGAGGGUGUGCACUCCGUCUGUAGAGGAGAACAGCGAUGGGGGAAUUUCUACCAGUGAUGGCAUCUCAGCAACAGAGAGCGCGAUGUGUGAGAUGUCUCGUCAGGCCAGUCACACGGAGAGCAUGGAAAAUGCAGGUGGGGCGGAUCAGUGUUUAGACGAAUUGGUGAGAAUGUCGGAAACUCUAAGUGAAAAAUCAGAAUACACAACCGAGCGCAGCAGUUCAGAUUCCACAGUGAGGUCAUCAGACUCCGACCACUCGGGUCACUCAGUGAGAGAGGUGUCCCGAGAGUUCGAAGAUUCUGCUAGUGUAGGUACAGCAAGUGUGCCUGUGGAUGCCGAUUCCUUGAUGGUCGCACAAAGGAGCAUUGACUCUCUAGCCGACGACUGCUUUCAGUCUAAUACGUCUGCUGACUCUGUAGCUAAGCAGGUGAUGGAACAUAUAUGUGACAGUAACCUAGUCCCACCAGUGGCCAUGGAGGGUGGUGAUCAGGACUUGGUGGAGGGUGCCACUUGUAGUAAUGUGGUGCUGGGAGCAGAGGGGAUGAUUUCUGCAUCUUGAUGUUGGCCUCCUUUGGAGAUGACAGCAGGCUGUCAUUUUCCACUGAUCAGGUGUUGGUUGUCAGCUGGAUUUCUGACAUUGAUAACACAUUGUGUCAGUUGAGUUUAUUAAAUUUGGACUACCUUGAACUUUUAUAUCAUGUAAAAAAAAAAAGAAGAAUCCCUUACUCCACUUAAUUUUUUCGAAAACAUAUCACAAUUUAGAGUAAAGUAUCCAUGACGAAUGAAAAGGAACACAAUUACUUAAUGGAUUUGUUAUGUAGUGUAAUUAUAUGCCAGCACCAGAGCUUGCAAUGACUGGAAAUAAAUGACAUAGAUUUAAUUGUGUGCUAUUUUUAAAAAAAUGUAUAUUUGUAUUAGUAAGUGUGAAAUACAUGUACAAAUUUUUAUGGUAAACGUGAUUUAUGCCUAACUAUUUGUUACGAUUUUUUUAGCAUGAGAAAUUAAUUUUUUAUUUUGGAGAGGAAAGUAUGAAAUUUUAAAAUUGUAUGAUACAUGUAUAUUGUGAAUUACAUGGCAUUUAUAUUUAUAUCAAGUGAAAUAUGCAUAUUCUGUGAAUGAAUUUGUAGAUUUGCUGUAGAAAAUGAUGUGUUUUUAAAAUGUUACUUGUUUGUGCACAACGUCAGUAUAACUGAGUUUCUUUAUCAGAUGAAGUUACAUUGUCUAGCAGUCGUGCACCAUUACAGAUAAUAUCCUAUUCAGAAGGAAGUUUUUUGGGCAUGUGUAAUUGACCUACUUGGGUAUGAAUGGGAUGAAUGCAUCUCUUGUUUUCAGUCAUUUGUGAAUAAGAUUCUGUAUGGGUGUAGGAAUGGAUUAUUAUGGUGACUGAGUAUUGUUGUAUCGUGCUGUAGAAUUUAGACUCGUUGAAUAGUGCUACCCAUUAUACUGAACACCAAUUCUAAUGAAGAAGGUGUGGGUUUUGUUUGAUAUGAUGUUUUUAUUUAUUGCUGUAGACAGAGUUUAUGGAUUUAAAUGUGUUAUUUAUUUUAUGUCUAGGAUACCCAGAGAUUUUGGUUUUUCUUUUUGUGUUAUUUCUGUUUACCAUAUUUCCCAUCAUAUGAACCUGGUGUGGCAUGUUAUGUAAAUCAGUAUGUCUACUUUUAAUGUAUCCUGGAGUGGUAAGCUCAUAACAUGCAAGAAAAAUGUCAUCCUUGGCCUUUUCUCAUCAAAAUGUCAUGCAUUAUUUUCAUCUGCUCCUAUCUGGUUGGUUGGGGGGGGGGGGGGGGAGCAUAUUGUCGUUUUGGCGGAGGAUAUAAUCCAAUUGAUGUGUCUUGUUAUUCGUGGUGUAUUCGUUUUGUUGUUUGAUUUAUUUAAAUUUAGAGUUUGUUUUUAUGCCCCUGAGAUCGAAGAUCGGGGGGCAUAUUGUUUUUGUCCUGUCUGUCAUUCUGUUAUUCUGUCAUUUUGUCUGAAACUUUAACCUUGCUAAUAACUUUUGAAUUGUAAAUGAUAGAGCUUUGAUAUUUCACAUGAGUAUUCCUUGUGACAAGACCUUUCCUUGAGUACCAAUAUUUUUGACCAUGUGACCUUGACCUUAGAGUAUGACCUACUUUUUGAAAACUUUAACCUUGCUAAUAUCUUUUGAACAGUAAGAGAUAGAGCUUGGAUAUUUCACAUGAGUAUUCCUUGUGACAAGACCUUUCCAUGGGUACCAACAUUUUUGACCCCGUGACCUUGAUCUUGGAGUUUGACCUACUUUUUGAAAACUUUAACCUUGCUAAUAACUUUUGAAGAAUAAGUGAUAGAGCUUUGAUAUUUCACAUUAUUUCUUGUGACAAGACCUUUCCGUGGGUACCAACAUUUUUGAGCCCUUGACCUAUUUUUUGAAAACUUUUAACUUUGCUAAUAACUUUUGAACAAUAAGUGAUAGAGCUUUGAUAUUUUACAUGAGUAUUCCUUGUGACAAGAUCUUUUCUUGGGUACCAACAUUUUUGACCAUGUGACCUUUUACCUUGGAGUUUGACCUACUUUUUGAAAACUUUAACCUUGCUAAUAACUUUUGAACAGUAAGUGAUAGAGCUUUGAUAUUUCACAUGAGUAUUCCUUGUUACAAGACCUCUCCGUUGGUAUUAAACCUUUUGACCUUGACAUUUAACUUACUUUUAAUUUUUUUUUACAUUGGUCAUAACUUCUAAAUGGUAAAUAUUAGAGCUUUCAUAUUAUACACGAGCAUUUCUUUUGACAAGAUCUUUCUACUGGUACCAAGAUAUUUGCCCUUGUGACCUUGGCCAUCUUUGGAAUUGGCCAUUAUCAGGGGCCUUUAUGUUUCACAAACACAUCUUGUUGUUUUACUGCUUUGUAAGACCAUGACUGAUUUAACUUCAAGUUCAUUGGAUAUUAAGAUUGCCAUUGUCCGUUUUUUAAAAUUUUCUGGUAAGGACAGGUCGAAUGAUGCAGGUUUAUGUGUGGUAGAGUUAUGUCGUUUGUUUAAAUAUGAAUUAUUUAUUUUAUCACCUGCAGAUGUGUGCGUAUGUGUGUUAAUUAUAUUCAAUAAUGUGAUGCAUUUAGUACCAAACAGUAAUGUAAAGCUGAAAAACCUUCAGGAUAAAAAUAAUGGGAAAGUUUGGUACUUUGUUGUAGAAAUAAUAAAUAAACUACUUCCCUAGCAGCAGGAGAUCUAUGGUAAAUCCUAUAUUCAAUGAAUGAAAUUGUUUAUGAUGCUUGAGAGAGAAAAUUUCUAUUUUAUACAUGUUAAUUUAGUCCCAAGUUUAUCAGUGCUCCUGUGUAUGCUGUGUUUACAUUAAUGAAAAAUGUUUAUUAAACUUCUGCAGAUGAUUUCUGGGAAUGUGUGAUGACAAACUUCAGAUUUUUCUAAUUCAAUCAAACCUGUGCAUUGUAUAUCAUUCAGAUUGAAUUAUAUAUGUAAAUUUUUAUGAAGGUUUAUUUAUGCAGAUUCUUGUGCAUAUUUAAUAUUUAUUAUUGCUUACUUUGUUUUUUACACUUCACAACUUAAUAUUCAUUAUUGUAAGGUAGGGUAUGAUAGUGUGCAUGUGUCUGUAAAUGUGUUUUGUUAAGGAAAAUCAAAUUAAUAAAAAAAAGUUUGUCACUAGAUCCACAUAUACCCAUCAUUUCUGAGGGAUCCAGGCUGAGUGUAGAUUUUCCACUAGCAUGAGAGAAAGUGGUCACUUAUAAAGAAAAAAAAAAAUUAUAUUCCAGUGAUGUCAUUUGGGUAAUUCAUAUAGGAUGGAUAUUUCAUUAAGGGGCAUGAGAUGUGUGUUAUGUAAUUUAAUAUUGAAUGUGUGAUAAUUGUGAAUUAUCCUCCAUCUAAGGUGAGAAUUGAUUGAUUUCUUUGUGUACAAAAGAUUACUGGUAUUAUCAUAGUUGUAAAGUGAUAUUACCUGUGUAUGUGAUGGAAAUUUCUUGAUGUGAUCUUUUUGUCUUUUUGCCAGAAAUAUUUUGAAAUUUUUACACUCAAAGUAUAGAUUGUUCUUUUGUUAGACACUUUUCGAAACAUCUUUAACAGAAAUUUGAAACUGGCUACUUUUAUGUAGUAUUUUUUAAGGUGUUAAUCUUGGAUGGAGCAUAAAUUUUCAACAGUUUGUUUUAUCUAGAAGAGUUGAACAUCCUUGUACGUAAUGAUUUCUUGAAAAUUGUUUGUUCUUGAAUUAAAGUAAUGUAUUUCAUGAAAUUGGAAUUCAAUAAAACCUGAAUCAAA